AUGGUGAAUGCUGAUGAAUUAGUUGCUGCUUUGUUAAAAGCAUUUCCUGAUCAUUCUAAUCCAUAUUUACGAGUUUGGCCAAAACAAUUUAAUUUUAAUGAUAAUCUCUAUGAAACAGCACGUAUGGCUCGAUCAAUACGUUUAUUAAUUGGUGUACAUGGAGCAGGCUUAUCAAAUACUUUAUUUAUGAGACCAGGUGCAAUUCUCUAUGAAGUAAAUCCAUAUGGUUGUCGUUAUUUAUCAUUUAACUUUCAUCGUUGGGCUGAAGUAUUUAAUCUUCAACAUGCUUUAUGGAUUCCAUCAGAAGGCAAUGAUGGAAGAAGAAAUAACAUGUGUCUUCGUGAAUCAUCGAUAACAUUAAAUGUAAAAGAAAUCAUUGAUGAAGUGAAAAGUUUACUGAAAGAUGAAGCUGAAUAUCGAAGUGGUUAUAUAAGACGAGCAUUAAAGAUAAUGACUGAUAUGUCAAUCGUCGAUCAUCCACCAUCAGGAUUCGAAAACAUUUUCUAG